CACUUCGUCACUGACAGCUGGCAGAGAUGGGUGCCAAGCUGCUUGCCCUCCACCUCCUGCUCCUCGCCCUCCAGCUGAGCGCCUCAGAGCCCGAAUUGGAGAAGCCUCUGGAAGUGAGCACCUGCGGGCGGGAUUCGCACCCAUGGCAGGUCUCUCUGUUCCGGAACCUGCAGUUUCGCUGCGCCGGGGUCCUAGUGGACCGCUCCUGGGUGCUCACUGCAGCCACCUGCUUCGACAGUUGGCUGUGGGUCCGCCUGGGCGACUACAACCUGCUGCUGGCGGACGGCGGGGAGCAGCUGCGGCUGAGCCGGCGCCUGUUCCGGCACCCGGGCUUCCGGCCGAGCCCCAGCCCGACGCUGCCCCGCCGCGAGCACCACCACGACCUGAUGCUGAUCAAGCUGCGGCGGCCCGCCGACCUGGGCGCCAGGGUCCGCGCCCUGCCCCUGCCCGACGCCUGCCCCGAGCCCGGAGCGCUCUGCGACGCCGCCGGGUGGGCCACCACCCUCCGCCCGCAAGUGAAGUACGCCAAGAACCUUUCCUGCGCACCGGUCAAGGUCCUGUCCCAUGAGGAGUGCAGCCAGUCUUACCCCGGGGUCGUGACCCAAAACAUGCUGUGCGCCGGGCAGGCCGGAGGCCGUGACCCCUGCCAGGGGGACUCAGGAGGCCCGCUGGUGUGUAAUGGGACCUUGCAGGGAAUCCUGUCUUGGGGUGACUAUCCUUGCGGCUCAGGUUCACACCCGGCCGUCUACACCAAAAUCUGCAAAUAUUCCUCCUGGAUCAACAAAGUCAUCCGGAGAAACUGAACCUCCCCCAGGCAGGCCUCUAUCCAGAGACCGAAGACUCCAGAAUAAUCGUCAGGAUUCCCACUGGUUCCUCCCCUUGUCUCCUUUCAAUAAUAAUAAUAAUAAUUGUGGUAUUUGUUAA